AUGACACUCCUUUCUAGUCUGUCUUUCACAGUCAUAUCAGGCCUCAUUGGCCUCUCCGCGUCCACAGAGCUGCAGAAAGCUGAAUAUACUGUCACCUGCCAUGAGAUAGCUGCUGCUGUCUCCUUUGCGUCCAAAGUGUAUUAUAGUGGUGGGUGCAGGUCGCCCCAAUACACCAAAGACAACGAUCAUUGGGCUUCUUCCAAUUCUCAAUUUUCUGCAUGCUCCUUUGAGCCCGCAAACGCCCAAGACCUUCAAAUAUUAGCCAAGAACCAGACCCCAUUUGCAGUCAAAAGUGGUGGUCAUUCAGCAAAUCCAGGGUUUUCAUCAACCCCCGGAGUCCAAAUCGCUUUGUUUUCAUUUUCAGAAGUCGUUUACGACGCGAAUGACCAGACAGCAACUAUCGGAAUGGGGUUAAUCUGGGACAAUGUCUAUUCUGAACUCGACCAAUACGGCGUGACCGUUGUAGGAGCGAAGACUACUGGUGUUGGGGUCGGCGGCAUCGUCCUUGGAGGAGGAUAUUCAUACCUCAGCAACCAACACGGUUUGUCUGUCGACAAUGUCGUAUCUUUUGAGCUUGUGAUGCCUAAUGGCACGGUCGCGAAUAUCACAAGUUCUUCGAGUCCAGAUUUGUUCUAUGGCCUUCGGGGAGGAUUCAAUAAUUUUGGAAUCGUUACCACAGUAACUUUGAAGACAUACACCCAAUCUCAAGUCUGGGGCGGACGGAUCUCAUACACGGCGGAUCAAUGGGGUGCAGUCAAUGCGGCUAUAGCUAAUUUUGUAUCGACAGUCACUGAUCCUAAAGCCUGUGUGUACAGCACAACCGACUACGUAUCUGGGGUGGCAGCGAUAUCAAACAUCCUAUUCUAUGAUGCGCCGACUUAUCCGGAUGGCAUUUUCAAUGAAUUAUUGGCAAUCCCACACUUUGAUAAGGACAUCUCGACGAGGGCUUAUUCGAACUUUAUUCAAACAUUACCUGCGAAUGCCACAUCGGGCCUAAGGACUAUGUUCCACUGGGUGCCCAUCGAGCAAUUCACGCUGUCCAUACUACAGAUGAUCAAGAACCAGACACUGUUUUAUGGCGAGCAGCUGUCGCAAUCAAGCGGCGCGUUGAUCUCAUACGACCUUGUCCCUUUACUGCCCUCACUAUACAGUCAUUCCGAUACACCGUCUGCUUUUCCUUCUUUACGGGAUUCAGGACAGGGGUACUCAUUCAUUGAGGUGUAUUAUGGGUGGACGGAUCCGAACGAUGACGAGGUGAUGCUUCAGCUUGGUGCAGAGAGCGCUGCCUACAUGAAGCAGUUUGCUGUAGACGCUGGUCACAACGUUGCGAAUGCACUGAUAUACCCCAAUUGUGCGCCUCCCGGCACGGCUUUGGCGGAUAUGUAUGGGGAUGCUGUGUCGAGUCUCCAUUCUAUUAGGAGUGCCGUGGAUCCAGAUAAUGUGAUGGGACUCACUGGAGGAUGGAGGUUCUAG